CUCGCAAGAAAAUUUCAGGGAUAUGUCUCUGGAUGAAUGCUAUUUUCUUAGAGCGUGGCCAUUUCCCAAUCUGUUGAAACCAUGGCCUCGAACUUUGCGAUUACUAUAAAUUCCAACCAACACCUUUGACUCAGCUUACUUUUUCCACAACAAUGCCCACGGACACCACAAAGCGUUUCUCUGUGCCAACUACUUCAAAUGUGCCGGAUGCCCUUGACGUCGAGUCUCUAGGCGGAAACGAAGACUUUCAGUACACACCCCUGCAGCGCCAGCUGAAGGACCGACAUAUUGCGAUGAUCAGCCUUGGUGGUGUCAUUGGAACUGGUCUAUUCUUAGGUACCGCUUCUUCCUUACAAACUGGCGGACCUGUCGGUCUGUUACUUGGAUACGUGACCAUUGGGAGUUUAUGUUUCAGUGUUAUGGUAUCUCUCGGUGAAAUGAUUGCCUUCUUGCCACUCCCUGGAGGACACAUCAAAAUGGCCGAGCGUUUCGUUGGACCCGCAUUAUCAUUUACCAUUGGCUGGAAUGCGUGGUACAAUUGGACCAUUGGCAUUCCAGUGGAGCUGUCCGCGGCAACCAUCCUCAUCAACUAUUGGAAUAAAGAUAUCAACAACGCGGCUUGGAUAACGAUGUGUCUUGGGGUCGCUGUUAUCAUCAAUCUGUUCGGAGCAGGUACAUACGGCGAAGCGGAAUUUAUCUUUGCUUCCAUCAAGGUGAUUGCAAUCGUUGGCCUCAUCAUCCUUGGUGUUAUCCUUGAUCUCGGGGGCGGACCAAAUCGCGAUCGUCUUGGCUUUCGAUACUGGAAGAACCCAGGGCCAUUCGUUAAUUAUCAAGGUAUCACCGGCGCAAAGGGACAGUUCCUGGGCUUCUGGACAGUCUUAACGCAAGCCGCAUUCUCUUUCAUUGGUACAGAGGUUGUCGCCAUAUCCGCCGGAGAAGCAAAGAAUCCCCGACAGACCUUACCCAAAGCUAUCAGGAAGGUUUACGUUCGGAUCAUUUUGUUCUAUAUUCUUGGUACCUUGGUCAUUGGCCUAUUAGUUCCGUCGAGUGAUGCAAGACUAAAUUUAAACGAUGGAACUGCGGCGUCGUCACCAUUUGUAAUUGCUAUUGAAAAUGCUGGACUCUCUGUGCUUCCUCAUAUCAUCAACGCGGCACUAUUGACAUCGGCAUGGUCCGCCGCUGCUAGUGAUCUUUACACCAGUUCUCGUGCGCUGUAUGGUUUGGCUGCGACUGGAAAUGCACCAAGAGUGUUCUUGAUUACUUUGAAGAAUGGCCUGCCUAUCGUCUCCAUACUAACUUGCGCUUCUUCUGGACUGCUGGCGUACAUGUCUGUGAACGAAACAGCUGGGAAAGUUUUUGGUUGGUUCGCCAGUAUUGCAGCUGUCGCAGGACUCAUGUCGUGGUUUGGUAUCAGCAUUACAUAUAUACGAUUUUACGCUGGGCUCAAGGCACAGGGAAUUGACCGAAAGGAAUUACCUUAUUAUAACAGGUUGAAUCCAUACUUGGCAUGGUACUCGAUGAUUUUCUCGAUCAUCAUUGCUUUUUUCAGUGGUUGGUCCGUAUUUCUGAAAGGACAAUGGGCAACGGAUAGCUUCAUAACUAAAUAUCUUCCUUUGGUGAUGUUUCCAACGAUGUGGAUCUGUUCUGCGAUUUAUCACCGGCAAUUUAUGAUGAAAACGAAAGACAUGGACUUUGUUGGCGAAGUUGCAGAGGUGAUUUCUGCGACAGAAGAUGAGGCGCCUCCAAAGGCCUUUGUCGCAUGUUGAUGUAGCGGCGAAUCACGUCUACAUUUGGGAUCAGUAUAUUUAUUUUGAAGAUAAAAACUGUCUUGUUCUAGAGGACGUAUUAGCUAUAACGGUGUACAGUAUGCAUAUGUGUACGAGAUGCAAAAUUGAAAGAUUAUGG